UGCAAUUAUUUAAGUUAAUUUAAAGUUCUACAUUUCUGUGCAAAGAAUCAUUCAAAUUACCAGAAAAAAUCCGUUCGGGAAGCAGAAAAAUGACGGAUGUUAGUGGCCAGCUACCACUGGUGAUAGUCGAAAGCGAAUACAGCUUCCGGCAGGGCGAAUGUUUUGAUACGUACGAACAAUUUCUGGAAAAACUGGAACGACACAGCGCUAAUGACUUGGUAUACUACUGGCGGCGCGAUUCGCGAACCAUCGAAGGGGCAGCCCUCAAAACUGCCCGUCCCAUCGCCGACGCGCUUCGGUACUACUCGGUGCGGUACUCCUGUAUUUUUGGCGGACAACGCUUCGAAACGAAAUCUACCGGAAUGAAAAAAAUGCGAUCUUCAUUGCGGAAUGAUUGUCCUGCCUAUAUAGCUCUACGUGCAUCUAAGUGUGGACAACAGCUUGUCGUAAUGGCUGCAUCGAACGUUCACAACCAUGAGAUUAGUCAAGAGCUGAUUAAAAAUCUGGCCCACAAAAAGAAGCUUUCGGCGGAAAUGAAAGAGGAAGUGAUGACGCUUCUUUUCCAUAACAUCGAUAAAAAGUUGAUAAAAGAAUACGUUUAUCUUAAAGAAGGUAAAGAUCUUACUACGAAGGAUCUAUUCAACAUAGCAGCAUCGCUGCGAAAGAGUUCCCGCAUUCAACAGUUGCUAACAAAUACGAAAACUGGAUCUGAGCUUACAGCUGAGUUGAAAAAAUACAUUCAAGAGAAAAAAAUUGACCAAUUAGCUAUAGAACAGAAAGCUGUUGAACCAGAGCUUGACAGUUUUGGUGAAACAGAAACACUCGAGGAACAUCUAGAAGAGGAAGAUAUCAACGAAAAUCUGUGCGAAGCAGGCGGAAGCUCGUCGGAGUUGAUAGAGGAAAAACCAAUAUCAACGGAAAUAGACGGUGUUAAGGUGGAAUACCUGAUUGAUGUACAAAAUGACGUUUCCGCAGAGCCGAUUAAAACCGUUCUUACCGUUGAGAACAGAAAACGCUCAAGAUGGAAAUCGGCAUCCUGCUUCGCAUGCGGUUCAAACAAUCGGUUAGUGAAAGCUAAAUUAGACGUUCUCCGAGCCCGCAGAGAUAAACUUCGACAGCAAACCGAAAUACUACGGCUGGAGAAGCAAAAACUACAAUUGGAGUUGCAAUUAAUGCACAAGAAUUUACGACAUCACAAAGUUUAAUUUUGUAGAUUAUUAGAUAAUUAUUAAAAUGUUAACAAAAAUGUUUUACGCUUAUUGGUAUAGUUUUUUCUGCCGAAUAUUCUCAGUCACAUCAUCGAGACAUUCAGCCAAUGGGAAAGAGUCCAAAUCGAAGGA